AUGAAUUCAUCAUAAAGAAGAGAUGGAGUUUUCUCAUUCAAUAUGCUAAAUCCUUAAUUGAGUUACAAAGUUGAUUCUAAAUGGAGAAAGGAUGUUUUAAAAGAUGUCAAUAUCUAUGUUUCUGAUAAAAAAGAUAAUAUCAAUUUGGAUCUUCCAGAAUCAAUACCUAAAUUAGAAAAGGAUAGAGAAUGGAGUGAUUAUGGUAUUCAAGAAUUAUUAGGUAAAUUCAUUGAUGGCAAUAAAAAAUGA